UCGCUUUGCCGCAUAACCUAGAAAUCUUAACAGAAAUAGGUUAGUUUAUAUCAGAGAUAUUUAAUAAGUUUUUUUUUAUAUUUGUAAUAUUAAAUACGCAAUGGCAAACGUACUAAACAUACUUUUGAAAAACACAGCUCUGUGUCCUCUGAAACAUGCAGUUAAACCACAACUUGUAUCGUUAUUUCAGACGCAAGUCCGAACGUUGUAUUCAGAGUCAACUCUGGGAAUAGAUGGAUAUAAGGCUCAAAGGCUGAGGACACAGAAUCAAUUGUCAAACAUAGCAGAGAAGUUCCGCACAAAGAUGCAUGAUUACACAAGUGAUGACUCGAAGAACAUGAUUUUUACAGAAGAUCUUAAGAAUAUGAUACAUUUGGCUGAAAACGACGACGUUGACUUGAUUAUCAAGAUGAUGAAUCGUUUCAAUGAGCAGAAUAAGCAGCUCAGAUUUGGCACAUUUGUUUUUGGGCCAGUCGUUAUGAGGAUGUUCUAUUAUUUGAACAAACCUGAUGAGGCAUUAAAGUGCUUCAAAUCAGAGAACUUGAAGGGUUUCUUUGACCAAUUGAUCACAUACCAGCUCUUGAUGGAUUUGAUGUAUAACAACCAGAGGUAUCAGGAUAUUCUGGAUCUGUUUGAGGAUAUUAGGGAGAGACAAAUUGAAAGUACCCAAUUCCCAAGGAAUAUCAUAGUUCUCACAUUAGCAGCUUGCUACAAACUGAAUACAAAAGAGAGUUGGGACUUUGCGUUGAACCUUUGGAAUAAACUGAUGGAGGCUGGUCACAUGCCGAUGAGGAGGGCGGUCACAUUCUGCGCGGCGCUUGCACUGAAACAAAACAAUCCAUCGGCAUGUCUCGAGAUGAUCUCAUCCGCAAAGAAUCAGAACUACACGACCGUCAGGAAUCUGAAGGUGCUCGCGCUCACGCAGGUUGGCAGAAUCGAAGACGUCCUGCCAAUUCUUAAGAGUGUUUACAAUCAGGAUGAUUCGAUGAAAAAUCAAACGUUUAAUGUGGACGUGAUUGAACUGAUCAAGGAGCAGGUGGAGAAGUUGGAUAGCGUUGAAGUGAAGCAGGAAUUCAGCAAGAUCCACAGUUAUUUGAAAGACAAUCAUAUUUCAGAUAUGACUUUGGAGGAGCAACUUUGUUUGGAGAUUGCCACACCACCAUUCUUGGGCAACAAGAGGAACAACUACAACAAUACGCAAGAUAUGCGCUACAAUAGAUUCCAAAGGCGAAACGACGAUUUCACCAAGCGCAGGCCAUUUGAUUCCAAGAGGCCGGGAUUAUCCGAUAUGCAGUAGAUCUGCAACAUUGUCGUUAUGUAAUAAUAAAAUUAUAAUUAAUUAUUA